UUAAAAAUACUUUUAAAAAUCACUUUCUAAAUUUUUUAAUAUAUCAAACAUAUCCAGUGAAUAAUUGUUAUGAACAAGUUGACCGGAAAAUUAAAACGCGUUCGAAUUAUAUUACGACAGUAUUUAAUAUUUACGCGAGUUUAAAUAAAGUAUUUCAAUAUUUACAAGAUUAGAUAGCACAUACUUUACACAUUAACCCUUAUUUAAAGCAUUUUAAAAGUAGAUCUUUUAUAUUAAUAUUAUAACAAGAAUGGAGAGCACCGUUCGAUUCAUACAAAAAGAUGACACCAAAUCGACAACUGAAGAUGUGGAAAAUUUUAAAAUUCAAAUUCAGAAAAUUGAUGGGUCGGUGGUGAAGACACCAGAAGAUCUCUCCUAUGUUGAUGUAGUUGUACCAGAGGGUCAUUUCAAUCUAAUCAGAGAUAUUUCAAAUACUUUGGGAUUCGUACCACUCCUCAGGCAAGCAGACAAUGAAAUUCCAACGUAUUCGUCAUGUGCUGGCGAUUAUUCAUCUGAUGAUAAAAAACGAAAAACAGAAGAUCUUGUUCGAGUAAAUAUUAUUGGCAUGACUUGCAUGUCAUGCGUACGGAGUAUAGAAGACACCGUUGGUAAACAACCAGGAAUAAUAGAUAUAAAAGUAAACCUACAAGAACAUUACGGUUUAAUAAAAUACAAUACCAAGAUUCUUACACCACAAUCAGUAUGCGACUAUAUAGACGAAAUGGGCUUCGAAGCAUCACUUCCACUUUUGGAAAAACAACAAAAAGAGGAUAAACAUUCUUGUAUUGUGGAAAUCAAGGGUAUGACAUGUAAUUCAUGCGUACAAAGUAUAGAAGGAAUGCUAUCAACAAAGGAAGGUAUACAAAAAAUUCAAGUAGAUUUGCACAAAGGAGAGGGCUAUGUAGAAUUCCAGCCUCGUAAAGCAACACCUGAACAAAUAGCAGAAAUGAUAGAAGACAUGGGCUUUGAAGCGUACAUCAAGUCUAUUAAUGAUAAGAGUGUGGAGAAAAAUAUAAUAACCAGUCCGAAAUCUAGUAAAGCGUCCACUAGUCGUGGGGGCGACGAAUUAUCCAAGUCUAAUUUGUCGAGGUGUUAUUUGCAAGUAAAAGGAAUGACGUGUGCUUCGUGUGUAGCUGCUAUUGAAAAACAUGUUUUAAAGAUACCCGGUGUUGACAAAAUUGUGAUAUCAUUACUCGGCGCUCGAGCUGAUAUCAAAUACAAUCCCACAGAGGUGAGUCCGCCAGAUAUAGCUACUUCCAUAACAGACCUGGGCUUCCCUUCCACAGUUAUACAACAGUCCGAUUUAGACGAAGCUGAAGUUGACAUAGAAAUCACUGGGAUGACGUGUGCUAGUUGUGUUCAUAAAAUUGAAACGAAUGUAAUGAAACUUCCAGGUUUAAACAGUGCCAAAGUUGCUUUGCCAACGAAAAGAGGAAAGUUCAGGUAUAAUCCUGAAAUAACCGGACCCAGAAACAUAAUAGAAGCUAUUAAAACAUUGGGAUUCGAAGCUCAACUAUUUUUGAGGGAGAACGCCAACGGUGAUUAUUUACAACAUAAAGAGGAGAUCAGAAAAUGGAAGAGGAGUUUCCUGUUUUCCUUAGCAUUCGGUGCACCUUGUAUGGUUGCCAUGAUGUACUUCAUGAUUAAAAUGUCCUUCGGAACGAUGCCGCACGACGAAAUGUGCUGUGUAGUGCCAGGUCUCUCUAUGGAAAACCUCAUCCUCUGGACCCUCUCCACCCCUGUUCUAAUAUUCGGAGGCAGACAUUUCUUCAUACAAGCUUACAAAGCUCUGAAACACAAAACGGCGAACAUGGACGUACUUAUUGCGAUGGCGACUUCGAUUUCUUAUGCUUACAGCGUUUGCGUGGUGAUAGCAGCUAUGAUAUUACAACAACACAGUUCUCCACAAACGUUUUUCGAUACUCCUCCUAUGCUGCUGGUUUUUAUCAGUCUCGGACGUUGGUUGGAACAUAUAGCUAAAGGAAAAACGUCCGAAGCAUUAAGUCGGUUGUUGUCUUUAAAAGCUACAGAAGCUGUGAUAAUUACUUUAGGACAAAAGGGAGAAAUUUUGACAGAAGAACAAGUAAAUGUGGAUCUGGUACAAAGAGGAGACAUUUUGAAAGUGGUACCAGGUUCAAAAGUUCCUGUAGAUGGAAAAGUGUUACAGGGCCAAUCGAUGUGUGACGAGAGUCUUAUUACAGGCGAAAGCAUGCCCGUUCCCAAAAAAAUCGGCAGUACUGUUAUAGGCGGCUCAAUAAAUCAACAUGGUCUUCUCAUAGUCGAAGCAACGCACACUGGCGAAGCCACAACUUUAUCCCAAAUAGUUAAACUAGUAGAAGAAGCUCAAACCUCCAAGGCUCCCAUUCAACAGUUGGCAGAUAAGAUAGCUGGUUAUUUUGUUCCUACUGUAGUACUUUUAGCAGUUUUGACGCUGAUAAUUUGGUCGAUAGUGGGUGCUAUCGAUAUCAACUACCUACCUCUGAGUGACAUGGAGAAAAAAGGAUUUAAUAACACGGAAAUUAUUUUGCAAUUCGUUUUUAGAUGUGCUCUAAGCGUAUUAGCUAUUGCGUGUCCUUGUGCCCUUGGAUUGGCCACACCCACUGCUGUUAUGGUUGGCACAGGGGUAGGCGCAAUCAACGGAAUCUUAAUUAAAGGUGCAGAACCUUUGGAAAAUGCUCAUAAAGUCAAAGCAGUGAUGUUCGACAAAACUGGUACAAUAACAAAAGGCACACUGGAAGUAGCAAAAAUCUGGAUGCAGGGUGACAGUCUCAGUCCUUCCGUCAUUCUAGCUGCUGUGGGAUCUGCAGAAAGUAACUCGGAACAUCCCAUAGCUACAGCUAUAGUUAAAUAUGUUAAAGACGUGUUAGGUACUGAACAAGUUGGCAAAUCCACAAACUUCCAGGCAGUACCCGGAUGUGGUAUGAAGUGUACCAUUUCUCACCUUGCAGAUGUACUUAAAAGCAAAGGAGGCAAAGACAAUACUGAAUUAAUUAAUUUUACUAAUUUGGUCAAUGCUGGUAGUUCCGGAGUGUUCACUGUUAAAGGAGUACAGAUUGAUGUAAGCCAUUCACAGAACAUAAAACUAGGCCAGUUGAUUGGAGUGAGCUCCUCUCUCGAAAACGAUGGAGGAGAUUAUGACGUGAUUGUAGGAAAUCGAGAAUGGAUGAAUAGAAACGGUUUUAUCAUUGCUCCGGAGGUAGAAAGAAACAUGACGGCAGAGGAAGAACAGGGAAGAUCUGCUGUACUUUGUGCAAUUAACGGUAGCAUAAUAGCUAUAUUCAGUGUAGCUGACACUGUGAAACCGGAGGCUCAUCUAGCGGUGUAUACUUUGAAAAAAAUGGGACUAGAAGUAAUUCUUUUAACUGGAGAUAAUCGAAAAACUGCCGCUAGUAUAGCAAGACAAGUAGGAAUCACCAAAAUAUACGCCGAAGUACUUCCAUCACAUAAAGUUAUACGAGUACAAAGGUUACAAGCCAAAGGUGUAAAGGUGUGUAUGGUAGGAGAUGGCAUUAAUGAUUCUCCAGCUUUGGCACAAGCAGAUGUCGGUAUGGCCAUUGCCACCGGUACUGAUGUUGCUGUAGAAGCGGCUCAUGUUGUACUUAUGAGGAAUGAUCUCUUGGACGUCGUAGCCUGUUUGGAAUUAUCAAGGAAGACUGUCAAUAGGAUACGGCUAAACUUCUUCUUUGCCAGUGUUUAUAAUAUUCUAGGUAUACCUUUAGCUGCCGGCGCCUUCAGCAUGAUCGGAUUCAUGCUGGCUCCAUGGAUGGCCUCCGCCGCUAUGGCCUUAAGUUCCGUCUCCGUCGUAGGCUCUAGUUUGUUACUUAAAAUGUGGACGAAAUCGACAAAAGAAAAACUUGAAACUGCCGAAUACUUAGCCACCAAAAACAACGACCAUUUGGAAACGAUUUCGAUACACAGAGGAUUGGACGAUAUCGAUAAUAUUACUGAGAGUACAUCUAAAUUUUCAAGGUUCUUGGAUAAAAACAGAAGCGUCCGCCAAUUACUUCUGAGCAAUGAUCACGACGAGCCUAUUAUUGUAUUUAAGAAAUGACUGAAUAUUGACAGAAUUCUUAUUUAAGACUUAAAUCUUCGACAUAAUAUUUAUAUUUUGUUUUAUUAUAUAUGUUUAUUUUAUGACGUUUUAUUUGUAAUUGUAUUUUUUGUUAUACGCUCAAAUGUAUC